UGUAGGCACCAGUACCACUUCAAAACAAACUAGACAUUGACGGUGACGCAUCUCAAGAUGAAGUGGUGUUUCCUUAACUGUAUUAGGCCGCCAGCGGUACUAAACGACGCUGGGGAAGGUACAGAAACAGAGGAGGAAAGAAAAGGGAAGGACAAAGGAGGAAAGAAAAAUAAAUCCUGGCUGAAGAAGUAUUUUGCAAAAAAACGGAAAGGAAGAAAGGCAAUGGAGGAGAGACAGGCAGUGGUGGUGGAGGAGGAGGAGAGCCAGGCAGUGGUGGUGGAGGAGGAGGAGAGCCAGGCAGUGGUGGUGGAGGAGGAGGAGAGCCAGGCAGUGGUGGUGGUGGUGGUGGAGGAAAGCCAGGCAGUGAUGGUGGAGGAGGAGGAGAGCCAGGCAGUGGUGGUGGUGGUGGAGGAGAGCCAGGCAGUGGUGGUGGUGGUGGAGGAGGAGAGCCAGGCAGUGGUGGUGGUGGUGGAGGAGGAGAGCCAGGCAGUGGUGGUGGAGGAGGAGGAGAGCCAGGCAGUGGUGGUGGAGGAGGAGGAGAGCCAGGUGUUGGAGGAAGAGAGCCAGGCAAUGGCGGAGGAGUGCAAGGCAAUAGAGGAGGAGUGCAAGGGAUUGGUGGAGGAGUUCAAUGGAUUGUUGGAGGAGUGCAGGGCAAUGAUGGAGAAGAGAAAGGCAAUGAUGGAGGAGGAGAGCAAGGCAAUGAUGGAGGAGGAGAGAAAGGCAAUGAUGGAGGAGUACAAGGCGAUGGAGGAGGGGUACAAGGCAAUGGAGGAGAAGUACAAGGGAUUGGUGGAGGAGAAGUACAAGGGAUUGGUGGAGGAGAGCAAGGCAAUGGAGGAGGAGGAGAGAAAGGCAAUGGCGGCGGAGAGCCAGGCAAUGGCGGAGAAGUGUAAGGCAAUGGCAGAGGAGAGCCAGGCAAUGGCGGAGGAGUGCAAGGCAAUGGCGGAGGAGUGCAAGGGAUUGUUGGAGGAGAGCAAGGCAAUGGAGGAGGAGGAGAGCAAGGCUUUGACUUUGACAAUGGAGGAGGAGUGCAAGGGAUUGGAGGAGGAGUACAAGGCAAGGAAGAAAAUGAUGCAAGAUGAGGAAGCCAGUAAUGGACGAGACAGUCAAUAUGUUCUAUGUUCAAUCAGUACUACUUAACUAUGUAUAUACUUGUAAAUAAAGCAUUUAAAACGAAGAAGAGACAGGUGUUUUCAAUUGAAUGUGAGUAGGUGAUGUUAAAUGUCAGGAAUAUUCCAAAUGUCUAUUACGCGUUGCCGAUAGGGGCCAUAUGGUUUGGGUGAUAAGGGUUGCCU